CACUUCUCGCGCGGCCCGGCCCGGCCCGCCCUCCCGCGCGCUGGUGGCGUCACUUCCGGGCGGCGACGGGGCGGCUGGUGGCGCGUGGAGGUGUAACUUCAACACGGUUUGCGGCUCUGCCCCCUGAGCUGGCGCCACCACAGAGUCACAGAGCGGCUGGGCUGGAAGGGACCCGUCACCGGGGGUUUGCCCUGUUUCCCAUAGAAAAGCUGCACCGGGAGAGCGGGAGACACUCCGGUCUCCCAAACCCAUCAUGGAUUCUCUCGCCCAGCCCGGGCUACUCAGCGUCAUCGCCGGAGUCGCCUGCGGCAUCUGCCUGGGCUGGGGCCUCCGCGGGCGGCUCCCGCGGGCACCCAGAGCCGGAGCGGCGGCGCCCGCGAACAGCCUGGGCAGCGACGCCAACGUCAUGGGCGAGUCCGGCGAGUUCAAGAUGGUGCUGAUCGUCCGCAACGACCUGAAGAUGGGCAAGGGGAAAGUGGCCGCGCAGUGUUCCCACGCGGCCGUUUCCGCCUACAAGCAAGUCCAAAGGAGAAACCCCGAGCUGCUGAAGCAGUGGGAGUACUGCGGGCAACCCAAAGUGGUGCUCAAAGCGCCCGACGAAGAGACUCUGAUCCAGCUCCUGGCUGACGCGAAACAACUCGGACUGACCGUGAGCUUGAUACAAGACGCAGGUCGGACCCAGAUAGCGCCGGGCUCCCGGACAGUGCUUGGGAUUGGACCAGGACCAGCUGAUGUCGUAGAUAAAGUUUCUGGUCAUCUAAAACUCUUCUAAACUGGGGACCAAAGAAAUCUGGAUGCGUUAGUGUGUGAAAUCCCAAGUUCAGCAGGGGUUUCUUAUGUUCUCUCAGUAUAAAUAAAGCAACCAGUUUUUGUAAGAGA